AUCACUGGUAUUUACUGUCGUCUGUCGUGCACGGCCGUGCGUCUUCAUGACGAGCUGUGAAGAUCUCAGCAGGUGUGACAACAUGAAUUCACCUCACACAGCUGUGCAGUAUUACCCAGAGUUCCCCUUUCACCGACUCAGAGACACUCCGUCUCGUUUGUCCUGGAGAGAGAGCUCCUUCCUCACCACCAUGUCCCAGAACCAGUCGGCUCAGACCCCCGACUACGUCAGCCAGGACGUCUUCAACCAGCUCUUCGAGAUGCUCGACCAAUCGGCGGUUCAUUCGGUCCAGCCCAUCGAGCUGAACUUCAGAGACGCUCCGGCUGACGGGUCUCCAGGAAACACCAUCCAGAUCAGUAUGGACUGUAUCACCAUGCACGAGCCAGACCAGACGCUCGCUUCACAGUACACCAACCUGGGACUCCUGAACAGCAUGGACCAGACCAUUCAGAACGGCGGCUCCACCUCCACCAGCCCCUACAACAACGACCACGCACAGAACAACGUGACGGCCCCAUCGCCCUACGCCCAGCCCAGCUCCACCUUCGACGCCCUCUCCCCCUCGCCGGCCAUCCCGUCUAACACGGACUACGCCGGGACCCACACCUUCGACGUGUCCUUCCAGCAGUCCAGCACAGCCAAGUCCGCCACCUGGACGUACUCAACAGACCUGAAGAAGUUGUACUGCCAGAUUGCCAAGACGUGUCCCAUCCAGAUCAAAGUCCUGACCAACCCGCCGCAGGGCGCCGUCAUCAGAGCCAUGCCCGUUUACAAGAAGGCCGAACAUGUGACCGAGGUGGUGAAACGCUGCCCGAACCACGAGCUCAGCCGCGAGUUCAACGACGGUCAGAUAGCUCCUCCCAGUCACCUGAUCCGUGUGGAGGGAAACAACCACGCCCAGUAUGUGGAGGACACCAUCACUGGGAGACAGAGCGUCUUAGUCCCCUACGAACCUCCACAGGUGGGAACAGAGUUCACCACCAUCCUGUACAACUUCAUGUGCAACUCGAGCUGCGUCGGUGGGAUGAACCGACGCCCGAUCCUCAUCAUCGUCACCCUGGAAACCAGAGACGGUCAGGUGUUGGGCCGCCGGUGCUUCGAGGCCAGGAUCUGCGCCUGCCCGGGCCGAGACCGGAAGGCGGACGAGGACAGCAUCCGCAAGCAGCACGUAACGGACGCCACAAAGAGCAGUGAUGGUAUGAAGCGCCCCUUCCGCCAGGUGUCCCACGGCAUCCAGAUGUCCACCAUCAAGAAGAGGAGGUCUACAGACGAGGAGGUGUUCUGUUUGCCUAUCAAAGGACGUGAAAUUUAUGAGAUUUUGGUAAAAAUCAAAGAGUCUCUGGAGUUGAUGCAGUACCUGCCGCAGCACACUAUCGAGUCGUACCGACAGCAGCAGCAGAACCUCCUCCAGAAACAGACUUCGAUGCAGUCCCAGCCCCUCUACGGUUCCUGCUCUCCGACUCACGGCAAAGUGAACAAGCUGCCGUCCGUCAGCCAGCUCAUCAACCCGCAGCAGCGUAACACCCUCACCCCCUCCGGCAUGACCGGAGGCCUGACUGACAUGACUCCCAUGAUGGGCACUCACAUCCCCAUGAAUGACAUGAGUUCACUGAGCCCCACUCACGUCCUGCAGCCUCAGCUCCCCCUGAUGCCUUCCUCCCACUGUACCCCCCCUCCUCCAUACCCCAUGGACAGCAGCAUCUCCAGCUUCCUUAUUCGGCUGGGCUGCGCCGGCUGCUUGGACUACUUCACAGCACAGGGCCUAACCAACAUCUACCAGAUUGAGAACUAUAACAUGGAGGACCUGUCCAGGCUCAAGAUCCCCGCCGAGUUCCAGCACGUCAUCUGGAAGGGCAUCAUGGAGCACCGACAGGCCAUGGAUUUUUCCCCUCCUCCCCACAUAGUGCGCACCACCAGCGGGGCCUCCAGCGUCAGCAUGGGCGCCUCCGAGGCCCGGGGCGAGCGCGUCAUCGACGCCGUGCGCUUCACCCUGCGCCAGACCAUCUCCUUCCCGCCGCGCGACGAGUGGUCCGACUUCUCCUUCGACCUGGAUUCCCGCCGCAACAAACAGCAGCGCAUCAAGGAGGAGGGAGAGUGACGGGGGGCUGACCUCCGUACCGACCUCCGUCCGUCCGGCUCGCCCCGUUUUCUCAUUUCCCGCCUCCUCCUCCUGCUUGUCGGAACAUUUCUGGUUUUCCCCCGCCUGCUGAGAACACUCAUAUUCACAUUAGGACGCACUUAUUGAAUCGGCGAGGAGGAACAAACGGUGCAUUUUUUGAUUCUGAUUUCUUGAGAGCACUUAAGAAAUAAAUGUUCAUUCCCAUUAAAGCAUGACUGGAACUAACUGGCUUUAGAGGGUUAAUCAGGGCUCACGUGUUUCUGCUUGUUUCAUAUCUAGUUUAAGGUUUACUGGUGUUCAUGUGUGGCACAAAGUCAGCAUUGAUUGUAUACAUUUCAACCGUUUCCUGUCAGAAGUAUUAUGUCAAUUGAUGGGCGAUUUCUGCUUCUAUAUUUUGCUUCUUGUUUUUUAACGUGUGUUUAAUGAGACCGAUGCCUCAGCGUUCAGGGUCAGCUGUGUGUGUUAAACGGUCGUUCAUUGAUGUAGCCGUAUAUCUCUAUAUAGGCCUGAUGCUCUUGACCCAGUGUUUUACAGUAAUGACUGAUGUCCUCUCGUUUCUGCUGGUGUUUUACUGCUAUAAUAAGUAUUGUUUUAUAUUCAUCAUAGAGGUUUACUUCAUUUGGCCAAAACCUGAUAUUAAUGUAUAUAUAUAAAUCUGUAUAGUUUCUCCCUGAAUAAAUAAAUAAACCCGAUCAGAUCACAGUGAUGUGAAUAUUAACCAGGUAGCUUCACCGGUUCACAACCUGAUGUUUGGUAUUGAUUCGCCGCCACCGCCGCCGCCAGCAGCCCGUGUUCACCUCGUAGCCAGCAGCAGCAGCAGCGUUAGAAAGCAGAAAGCAGAAAGCGUUUUCAUAUUUUUGUACAAUGUAUUGUAAAUAUGUUGCAUCAUACUGAGGGUAUUUUGAUAUAAAUCUGAAAUAAAUAUCCAUACUUGCUGUAUCGCAUGUUAACAAU